AUGUCGGAUUCGAAUGUCGCAGAGGCUGCGCAACCCGCUGCGCCGACUGCCACCGCCAACAAUGUCCCUGACCAUGAGUUGGUUCUCGAACCUGACGAGCAGGAUGAGAACUCAGAAGUAGACGUUCCUAGCAUUGCCUCAUCAACCGCGAGUGUUUCAAGCUCCAUAUUGGAUUACCGUCGCGAAAAUGGUAGAACGUAUCACAGAUACAAAGACGGUAAAUACAACUUGCCCAACGAUGAGAGAGAGAUGGACAGACUCGAUUUACAGCAUCACAUGUUCCUUCUCUCUUUCCACGACAAGCUUGGAACUGCUCCACCAAACGAGGCAGGAGCCAAGGUCGGGCGUGUUCUUGAUGUUGGCACUGGCACUGGGAUAUGGGCGAUGGACUUCGGCGACGCGCAUCCCGAGGCAGAUGUGCUUGGCAUUGAUCUUUCAGCCAUACAACCGGAAUAUACCCCUCCUAAUGUCAAGUUCGAGAUUGACGAUCUCGAGGAGCCUUGGACCUUCUCCCAGCCUUUCGAUUACAUUCAUAGCCGUCUGAUGAACUCGGCUCUCACACUGGUGAUUUUCUUCAUUUACUUCGUGGCGGAGCUGAUCCGUCUUCCGCAAUUUAGGAAUUUGAAGCCUGGUGGAUACUUGGAACUGAUCGAGGUCGAUCCAUUUCUCAACUGCGACGACGGUACCCUGAAGCCUGACCACUCCGUCAUGAAAACUCUCAUGCUUCUCAUGGAGGCCGCACAGAAGCUUGGCGCCGCUUACCAGGACCCAAAAGAGCUGAAGUCUAUGAUGAUUGAGGCUGGCUUUACCGAUGUAAUCAUGCAGCAGCUGAAGUGGCCUACCAACCCUUGGCCGAAGGAAAAGCGGUACAAGGAACUCGGCAUGUGGGGGGCAGAAAACAUGGACGAGGGGUGGGAAGCAAUCUGCAUGGCACCCCUUACUCGAGCUUUCGGGUGGACUCGCGAGGAGGUUCUGCUCAUGAUGGUGCAAAACCGCAAGGACUUCCAUGACAAAAACAUUCAUGCCUACAUUUCGAUCUGGGCCAUCCACGGAAAGAAGCCCGAGAAAGAAGCGGCUUGA